AUGGACUGUGAACAUCUAAAUGAAGUAGCCCAGGGAGAGCAGGAGUUAUUGGUUCUAAGAGCCGAACUAGAGGAAAACCGACGAAAAUACGCAGAGAUUGAACGCCUGUUGAAAGAUUUGCAAUCUGCUGUGGAUGCACAGUCUGAUUCAGUUAAAUUGGCACCUGCGAUUGAUUUUUUCAACAACGGAAAAUUCGCAGAAUGUUUCUCAUCAAUCGCAGAACUUGAACUUAUUACUGAUGCGUCGAGUUGUUAUGAAAAGUCACAAUUUCUCAGGGAGCACUCUUCAAGUUUGAACAUUGAAAAAUUUCACAAAUAUUUAUUCAAGCCCGCAAACGAAAGCGUGCUGAAACACUACAUCUGCAGCAUCAACAUAAGUGGACUUAACUUGUUACAGUCUGUUCGACAGUGUUUCGAAGCAUUGCGAUUCACAGAAGCGGAGGCAAACGUCAUAUCAUUUAUUUACAAAAGCAUUUCUGAGAGUUACUUCCGGCAGAACGAAGACGAAGCUGUGAAGCAUUUCGGGACGAAGGAUGUGUGUGAGUUCGCGGCUGGCGCUGUAGUCUUCGUCAACACCUCUUUGAACAACUCAAGUGUGAAGGCCAAAGACCGAAUGACCGAAGAUCAGUUUGCUAAUUUCGGUCAAUGCGAUGAAGUGAAGCACUGGCAUCCAGGUGGUAUCCAAAGAGACUACAUGGUUAAGCUUUACCGCGAGAUCAAAGAAAACCCACUCCGGUUCAACUGCAAACGCGACCAGGACUCUUCUACAGGCACCGAGGUGAAAGUGAUCAAAAGUGGCUUCCUGGAAAAAGAGGGAGGAGAACGGAAGUCCUGGACUAGAAGAUACUUCGUGUUGCAUUCGGAUAUUCUCUAUUAUUACACAGACGAUACCACAACGAGCCCAAAAGGAAUCAUUGUUUUGCAGAACCUUGAAGUGAGCAAAGCGGAUCAUGACAAGAAGAAGUUCUGCUUCCAGCUGACCAGUCUUGAUGGCUCCAUGAUCACUGGUUCCAAGUCCAACUCAGACGGUGGUCAAGUUUCUGGAAAGCACUGGAGGUACUUGAUGAGUGCGACGAGUGAGGAACUGAGAGACAGUUGGGUGUCUGCAAUUCACUCUACUCUAAAAGUGGACAUGAUUCAUGCGUUCCAAUCAUGGAGACUACAAGAUGACAGAGGAGCAGACAGUCACAACAGAAGCAGCAGAUACGGAAGACAACAGUCCUUUGAGAGUAGAGCUCCUGUCUGUGGCAGACCGAGAACCCCAGUCGGACCACGAAGUAGACUAUCACCACUCGCCAACGUCAGAAAAAAUCUCAAUUUUUAA